AUGUCUGCGUCUAGCAGGCAAAGGAAAGGAAAGCUAUCGGAUCAGGGUGCAUUCUCAGAGGCAGUGCUCUCGUUCUACGGUGCAGAGCGGCUUACAGACGCUGGACCCAGGACAAAGGGUCUUUCCGACCAUUGCAUGACUGUGUCGGGGUGGGCAAUGACGAUUGCCGCCCUCGGGAUUGCCGUACUAGGGCCUUUAUGGUCCUCAUGCAUUCUCUGGGUGCCUCGCGACCCAGACAGAAAUAGAGGGCGCGAGGGACUAGUGGCAGAAGAAGAAGGAGGAGGAGAAAUGGCAGCCCGGGAACUGUGUCAAGUGCACCCAUCUUGUCCCGAAAUCUUUAGAGUCGGCAAGGAGACCAUUUCCGAGCUGCUCGAGAUGCAGUGGUUCCUGCAGCGGGUUACUGGCAUCGCAGGUGCCGCAGAUGUGGAUGUAGAUUUGGGAGAGGAAGGCCCGGACGAUGAUAUUAAGGAUCUUCAAGACCUCAACUUGAUGAGAUGA